UAUCAGGUACAUUGUAUUCUUCUAGAAUCAAUGAUAUAAUGGUGAACAAGAACAACUUGUUAACUAAGCAAAGCAAGCCUCAGGUUUAUGCACAAAGUAUGACAACUUGUAGGAAUACAUAGGAAUGCAUAGGCACACAGAGGGGUGUAUCCAUGUGCAAACAAAAUUCUAAAAGGAUACCAUCCUGCAAACAUUGCGUUUCUCCAGGAGGUAGAAUUAUCAUAGACUUUCCACUUUUAUUUUAUAAAUGUACAUACAGUAGUGCUCCUUAAUAAACAAUAGUUAAUUUUUUAUUUUAUGCAUUAAUAAUGUAAAUGUGUAUUGGGGGAAAUGUGCAUGUAUAAAAGUUUUAUGUUUUGUAGAUAAAAGUGUUUCUCAUUGAGUUGGGCACAAGCACUGACUAACAGGAAGAAGGGACCACGGACCAGAGGCCCAGAGCCCACUAGGAUCACCGGCUUCAGAGCUGCCCAGUACCCUUCCUCUAUUUUCUCUGUCCUGGUCGUGUGUGUCUUUUUGUUUUUUGUCCCUGACCCAAGCCAGUGAAGCUCACAAAAAUGACCUUCCCACCUCAGGCUGCAGGCAUGUAAAGAGCAGUAAGAUAAUGUUUCCUCGCUUCCAGCUACCAGCGAUGAUCACUAGAGUUGCCUUCAUAAAGUCUGAAAUAACGUGGAAACACUUCAGGGAUCGGUAACCUGACCUUAAAGUGCAGUUCACACUCCCAGGAAUUGGCCUGCCACUGUUAAGAAGAAAUGAAGUCGCUCCUCAACCUUAGAAGUAUAGGGGGGUGUCACUUCCCAGAGGCCUCGCGACGCUGCUUGACCCUUUCUCCGAGACUUUCUGGGGUUCGGCAACCCCUCCCGUUGGGACUACAUUACCCUGAAAACUCUGCUUUGAACGGCAGGGGCAAUCGCCCAAUGAGAGUCCAGAAAAGGGACACUUCCGGCAGGGCGUAUCGCCUUGAGGCGGGGCUUCCGCCUUUUCCGUGGCGGUCGUUUUAGCGGUUCUGGGGUCUCCGGGCUCGGUCGGAAGGUGCGGAACACCGGCUUGGGACCCAGGCGACCGACACAGGAGGCACGAAGCGGGGGCUUCGUCCCCGCUGUACGGAGGCUGGUCUGGGGUCGGGGACUUCGCUGCCUGCGAGCCCGGCCUGGACACUGCGGAGCCCGUGACCGUCCGGGUCGCUCAGCUGUCAUCUCUUCACUUCGCCCACAGAGUCCGAUGGCGGCGGCCGCGCGCAGGGACCCGGCUGAGGUUUCCGUGGUUGCAGAAGUGCUUUGGGAGCCUCCACAGGGAAGUGUUACUUUUGAGGACGUGGCCCUAUAUUUCUCCUGGGAGGAGUGGGAUCUCCUGGAUGAGGAUCAGAGAUGCCUGUACCACGAUGUGAUGCUGGAGAACUUUGCGCUCACAUCCUCACUAGGUUGUGGGCACGGAGUGGACGAUGAGGAUGUACCUUUGGAAGAGAGCAUUUCUGUAGGAGUGUCACAGAUCAGGACUCUUGAGGCAGAUUCAUCUCCCCAGAAGGCCCAGCCCUUUGAGAUGCACGGUCCGAUCUUGAGAAACAUUCUGCGCUUGGCUGAGCACCAGGAAACUUAUCCUGGGGAAAAACCAUAUACAUGUGGGAAACAAUUCUGUUUAGCUGCCAACCUUCAACAGUACGAGGGGCAGCACACUAGAGAGGUUCCCUUCAGAAGUUACGUGGACAGAGCCUCGUUUAUAAAGAGCUGUACAGUCCAUGUGUCAGAGAAGCCCCUUACCUGUGAGGAGACAGGGAAGGACUUCUUAACCAGCAUGGGAUUUCUCCAACAACAGGUCACUCACACUGGGGAGAAGCUGAACAAUGAGUGUGAGACUAUCUUUCACAAUGGAAAAAGUCGUCACCACUGUGGAGAAUGCAAGAAAGCCUUCAGCUGCACAGACACACUUGCUCAGGAUCAGAGAGUCCUCACUAGAGAAGGGCUUUAUGAAUGUGGCAAAUGUGGAAAAGCCUGUACCCGAAGAUGUAAUCUCAUCCAGCACCAGAAAGUCCACACUAGAGAAAGACCUUAUGAAUGCAGUGAAUGUGGGAAAUUCUUUACCUACUACUCCAGUUUCAUUAUACAUCGGAGGGUUCACACCGGAGAAAGGCCCUAUGAGUGCAGUGAAUGUGGGAAAUCCUUUAGCCAAAGCUACAGCCUCAAUAGCCAUAGGAAAGUUCACACUGGAGAGAAACCUUAUGAGUGCAGGGAAUGUGGAAAAUCCUUCAGUCAAAGGUCCAACCUCAUUCAACAUCAGAGAGUUCACACUGGAGAAAGGCCUUAUGAGUGCAGUGAAUGUGGGAAGUCCUUUAGCCAAAACUUCAGUCUCAUUUACCACAGGAGAGUUCACACUGGAGAAAGGCCUCAUCAGUGCGGCGAAUGUGGGAAAUCCUUUAGCCGAAGCUCCAGCCUCAUUCACCACAGAAGACUUCACACUGGAGAAAGGCCUUAUGAGUGCACUAAAUGUGGGAAAUCCUUUAAGCAAAGUUCCAGCUUCAGUUCACAUCGGAAAGUCCACACAGGAGAAAGGCCUUAUGAGUGUGGGGAAUGUGGAAAAUCUUUUAGCCAUAGCUCCAACCUCAAGAACCACUGGAGAGUUCACACUGGAGAAAGGCCUAUUGAGUGCAGUGAAUGUGGAAAGUCCUUUAGCUGUAAAUCUAACCUUGUCAAACACCUGAGAGUUCACACUGGAGAAAGGCCUUAUGAGUGUGGGGAAUGCGGAAAAUCCUUUAGCCAAAGCUCCAGCCUCAUUCAACAUCGGAGAGUUCACACUGGCAAGAGGCCUACUGAGUGCAGAGAAUGUGGGAAAUCCUUUAGCUCCAAAUCUGACUUCAUUCAACACCAGAGAUUCCAUACUAGAGAAAGGCCUUAGGUGUACAGGGACAUGUGGUUUCCUUUUAGAUAAUUACACUGGAAGAAGGAAGUUGUGAAGAAGCCAUCUGGCAAAUUUAAGCCUAUAUGUCUGAAAAUUCAUAGUGGGGAGAUCCAAGUAUGUGAGAAUCUAUAAGGAGCUGUGUUACACCUUCUAACCUGUCCAGGGCUUUUGCCAGAUUUAUGUCACUGCCGGUUUCUGUGGGAGAGUUUUGUCCUCUCUACCACUCAGCAGGUUCACACAGUGUGCAUCAGUUACCACCACAGUGUGCUCAGGGAAGCUCCCCCCUUUGCUGGAGGAAAUCAUGAUUAGUCUUAGCCCUUAUAGGGUCUUCAUUCUCUUCUCUUGUAGAAGUUAGGGCAUGGCCCUGACCCAGUUUGGGCCCAGUGGACCCUAUCUGAGUUCUGCCAAUAACUUGCCGAGAAGGACUGCAUUUUCAAUGUGUUAGUUUUGUGUGACACUCACCUUGGAUUUUCCUAUCUUCCAAGUCACCAACCUGGGAAUUCCCUGCCUCAUACUGCUUUGGAUUUUGCAAUAAUGAAGACAUUAUUGCUGGGGCGCCUGGGUGGCUCAGUUGGUUUAAGCAUCUGACUUCGACUCAGGUCAUGAUCUCGCGGUUUGUGAGUUCGAGCCCCACAUCGGGCUCUGUGCUGACAGUUCAGAGCCUGGAGCCUGC